AUGGAGGAAGAGGCGCUGAAGGAUUAUAAAAAGAUGCAAGAUGACCUAAACCACGUUCUAGAUGAGUCUACGAGGAAGUUGUCGGAAUCCAUCUCUGAACACAGCCUGUCUGAGAAAAGAAAGGGAAUCGAAUAUCUCAAGAACCGCCUUACAGGCUUGAAGCCAGAGGUUUUGCUGGAUCCCAUUUACAUCGGUCUCUUUGGCAGCACCGGGGCAGGGAAAAGCACUUUGCUGAAUACCAUCAUAGAUAAAAACUACUUCUUGCCGGUGUCUGGGAACAAAGCCUGCACGUCCUGCGUGGUGCAGGUCAACACAAGCCACAGCAAACAGCACGAGGCAAAAAUUCACCUUCUCACAGAUGAGGAGUGGAAGGACGAGCUGAAGGAUCUGGUGGCCCUCGCAAGCCCGGAUGAAGAUGAAGACAGCACUGAAAGAAAAGAGGCUUUGUUGAAGAUCUGUACUAUCUAUGGGACAAAAGCUGAAAGUAAGACUUAUGAAGAACUGUGUAGGAUGAAACCCAUUGUCCAAAUUCCAAAUUCAAGGUGUAUCACCCUCAGGGAAACGAAAGGAGAAGACCUUUCUGAAAAAAUGAGCCCAUAUAUCAGGAUUCAGAGCAUUCAUAGUGGUGCAAGAGCAGAAACAAGUAAUGAAGACCAAAGAACAAGGCUCUGGCCCCUAGUCAAAAAUGUGGAAGUGACUAUCCCAAGUUUGCAAGUCCUUCCUGCAGGUGUCGUCUUUGUGGAUAUUCCAGGGAUGGGCGAUUUCAAUAGCAAAAGGGAUGCGAUGUGGAAAAAGAAUAUCAACAGAUGCUCUGUCAUUUGGGUGAUCAGCUCAAUCGAACGUAUUCAGGGAAGCAGUACCCAUGAGAUGCUGCUGAAAGAAGGCACGAAAGCUUUCCAGUGUGGGAUGUGCAGGGACAUGUCUCUGGUGGUCACAAAGUCUGAUCAGAUGAAUCUAAACGAAUAUCAGCGGAGCAGAGGACUGUUGCCUGCUGAAAUCAUUCAAAUGUGUAAUUUCUGUUCUAUAAAUGAACAUGAUGCCAUCCUAGAAAGGAAUGAAACCGUGAAGCAGGAUAAGAAAGAAAUGAUGAAGAAUAACCUAAAGAAAAAGCUUCCAAGCAACUCUGAAGUUCUGCACAAGGCUGACCUCGUGUACACGGUCAGUGCCUGGGAGUACUGGAAUGGGAAGGUGCUCAACAAGGAAGAAACAGAGAUCCCAAAGCUGAGGAAGUACAUCCAGACGUUUUACGCAGCGCAGAAGAGAAACAAACUGAAGGAUCACGCAACAGAGGCUUUCGUCAUUUUCUCACUGAUUCAGAGUCUCCAGUCCAACCAAGAUGCACAGCACCAGCACGUGAAAGCAAGUUGCUUGAAAGCCUUAGUUAAGCAGAAGAUCAUUGAUUUGGAGAAAGGUAUUAAGGAAUGUUUUCAGCCUAUCGAACAGCCACUCAAGGAAGGUGUAGAACAGGCAAAGCAGUUGUACAAGGAAAACAUCCAAAAGAUCCUCUUUCGAGAACACGGAUACCAGGGUUUUCACAGGACACUGAAAGCUGUGUGCCUGAAGAACGGGGUAUACGUAUCCCGCAUCUUCCUCCGGAUAGACAUCAACGAGUCCCUGGCUCAGCCCAUCUAUGAAAAAAUUGACUUGUGUUUUGGAGACGUAUUCAGGAUCCAGAUGGGCAACAGCUCCACACUGAAAGCCUGCCUUGACUCCUUCAAAGAUACCAUGCAGCAGCAACUGCAGCAAGCCUUGGCAGAGUACCCGACGGCUGACAUAGAAUGCAAGCUCAAGUUCCUUCAGCAAAAAAAGACAGAAUUCAUCAUUAGGGAGGCUGAAAAAUUCAUCCUCCAGAAGAAAGGAGAAAUCUACCACUCCCUUACCACAUCUUUUGAAAAAGACCUGCUGCCAUACUAUGAAGAUGCUGCCAGGCAAGGAGGAUUCCAAGCCAGCAAGAGGAUGCAAACCAUCCUUAGUGAUGGUGUAAAGAGUGAGGUGGAAAAGGGAAUGUUUGAAAAAGCGCAGGAGAACAUGAGAUAUCACUUCCAGGAACUGAAGGUGGAGAUCAUCAGGAAGAUGGAGACAGACUUCUCUGACAUGCUCAGCCUCGUGUUUUGCACGUGGGACCAACGCAACAGCAAGCUGCCAGGCCUGCAGAACGAGUUCCUCUUCAUCCGCAGCAUUCAGCAGAAACUGCAUUCAGCCGGAGAUGCUUAG